GAUUUGAGAAAGUAGAAAAUGAAAAGUUUCUAGAGACAUAUAAUAAUCAUGAAUGGAUAGUUAUUGAACCAUAUCCAAGAUGGAUAUCUCAGAAUAAAGAAUUAGUACAACUCAUGGAAAGUGAUAAGACAUGGGAUAAAAUAUUACAACCAUAUCUUUAUAAUGAAUCAUAUCAUGAAAUAAUUCAUGUAUUAAAAAUACUUAUUAAAAAGGAAAUUGAAUCAUUUAAAAAAGAAUUAAGAGAAGUACCAGAAAUUACAAAAAUUACAGAAAUUACAGAAGAACAUCUUGUUAAAGUAAAAGAAUUCAUGAUACAACAAGAA